UAGUAACCUGAUAAAAAAAAAUCAAUAUUAUAUAUUAAUUUAUUUUUAUUGUUUCUAUAGUAUUAUAGAGACAGCCAUAGAGGCAAUGAUGUAGACAAUAUUCGGUCCAAAGUCUUCGGUUCAACCCCAAAGACUCUAACCAACCCACCUAAGAUAAUGAUGUUUGGGUUUAGGGUAGAUAGCUGACUAGGCAAGUUUCAUCAUUAUACUCUUUUUGAUAUGCCGUACUAUUCAUAGUUUAUAACAUUAAUUCUUAUUAGUCAUAUAUGUUUGUCCUCGUCCAUUUCAGGAAGGGGAAUUUACAUACUAAAUAAUUGCUUUGAUGCUUUCUAUACCAUUCAAUCUUGUCCACACAACAUACAACUUACAAAACUCUUCAUUUUCUUCAGAGUAGUGAACUUUUCCCUUCUCCACUUUUGCAUCACCCUCUUGGUUUUCUGCAUUUCACUGCUUUUACAGUUUUUCUGAAAUAAUUUGAUCACAGUCAACUUCUCUAUUUGACAAAUUCUGGAAGUUUUUACCAUUUCCUAUUUUUUCUUACUUAAGAAGCUUCUUUGAAUUUCAUUGAUUGGCUUCGUUUCUGCUCAAAAAUAAUCAACAGGGAGGUAUCUGUUUGACUUUUGUCUCAUUCUCUGCAUCAUCCCUUGAUUAUCAAUACCUUCUCAAUUGCUCUUUUCUUUAAUAGGAGGUUUUCAUUUCUUUGUCCGUCGUGUCACACCUUGUUACUGUGUUCCCUUUAUUUUGCCCCCGACAUCCUUCUCUGUUCCACAAGCUUGCUCAUCUUAGUUAGCAAACUUUAACCUUUAGCUGUUGACUUUUUUCAAAAAAAUUAUUUUGGUGCCGCCAUAAAACUAGUACUAUAUGCAUAGAUAACAUCCGUUUUCGAUGGAAAGGAAGUGGCUGUUGUUUGUAAGUUGGUUGAUAAUCAGGGUAUCAUUAUGGGCUUGUAAGGUUGAAGGGCUUGGAGUCAAUUGGGGAACUCAAGCUAAUCACAAAUUGCCUCUUAGUACUGUAGUACAGCUGUUAAAGGAUAAUGGUAUUCAAAAGGUGAAGUUGUUUGAUGCUGAUGAAUCUACUUUGAGUGCUCUCACUGGUACUAAUAUUGAAGUUAUGGUUGCCAUCCCUAAUGGUGAGUUGGCUGCCAUGCUUGAUUAUCAUCAUGCUCAAAAGUGGGUUCGGAGCAAUGUUGUGCGUUACAAUUUCAAAGGAGGAGUCAACAUCAAAUAUGUGGCGGUUGGGAAUGAACCUUUUCUCAAGGCCUACAAUGGCACAUAUGAAAAUGCUACUUUGCCUGCCCUUCAAAGUAUCCAAAAUGCUCUCAAUGAAGCUGGGGUAGGAAACUCGGUAAAAGCAACUGUGCCCUUGAAUGCUGAUGUUUACGAAUCACCACAGUCCAAUCCUGUACCUUCUGCUGGAAGAUUCAGACCUGAUAUCGCUGAUGUCAUGACCCAGAUAGUCCAGUUCAUGAGCCAAAACAAUGCUCCUUUCACCGUCAAUAUCUACCCUUUCCUCAGUCUGUAUGGUAACCCCGAUUUUCCAGUCAACUAUGCAUUCUUUGAUGGGGGAGCUACUCCUCUUGAUGAUAAUGGGAUCCAAUACACUAAUGUUUUUGAUGCCAACUUUGAUACAUUGGUUUCGGCCUUAAAAGCAGCAGGGUAUGGGACUAUGCCAAUAAUUGUUGGAGAGGUUGGGUGGCCCACAGAUGGUGAUAUUAAUGCCAAUAUUAACAAUGCUAUCAAAUUCUAUAGAGGCCUCUUGCCUAGACUUGUAGCUAACACUGGUACUCCAUUGAGGCCUGGAUAUAUAGAGAUGUACUUGUUCGGGCUCCUUGACGAGGAUGCAAAAAGUGUUGGACCUGGGUCAUUUGAGAGGCAUUGGGGAAUUUUCCGGUAUGACGGACAACCAAAAUUCCCCAUGUAUCUUGCCAAUGAAAACCGGGAAAUCUAUCUUAUUGGUGCAAGGAAUGUCCAAUAUCUUGAGAAGCAAUGGUGUGAGUUUAACCCGAAUGCUAAGGAUCUGAGCAAGCUGGGAGAUAACAUUAAUUUUGCGUGCACUUAUGCUGAUUGUACACCUCUUGGGUAUGGGUCCUCAUGUAACGGUAUGGAUUUAAAUGGGAACGUGUCGUAUGCCUUUAAUGUGUACUAUCAGACUCAGUAUCAGAAACUUGAGGCCUGCGAUUUUGAAGGUAUGGCUAGGCUAACAAUGAAGAAUAUAUCGACAGGAAAUUGCAAUUUUACCAUCCAGAUCGCUUCCUCUGGUCUGAGGACUGCAGCAUCAGCGGCUAGCUUUACUAUCACCGUGCUCACAUUUCUAAUUUUUAGAGUUUGAUACUUUGAUCUCGUGGAUGUUGUGGUAAUGCCAUUCUUUGCUACUGUAUGUUUGCUUGAUUGCUUUGUCUGCACAAUCAGAGGUUUUCAUGUUGUAAAUUUUUUUGAUGUUUGUAUAGAAUUUUGGUUGCAAAGUUUUCAUCAUUUGGGGCUAUGAAAUACAGUAGCUUCCAUCCCUAGUCUUUACAUGUAAGCUGUUCAUAAAUCAUACGAAGUAUUUUGAAAAUCGCUCUGACUGGCUAAGGUUUACAGUUUAUUAUGCAGGGAAUUGCGAUUUUUCCUUUCA